UAGCUCAGAGAAAAGCGUGACUCAUUCUGCUAGAGUGCUAAAAACCUUUUAGCAUGCCUUCGUUUCGCAUCUUAUCGAAAUUAUCGUUGCUUCUUCUACUGGUCAUCUGUGUGGCAUCUGUGCUCUGCGUCUUCUCUCUGCCGGUCUUCGAGUACUCGAGCAGUCGCUGCAAGGGCCUGGACGACUGUGAUCCCUUCCAGCCCAUUUGUGCCACAUAUACGAAUGAGCAUCAGUUCUUCUACAGCCACUGCGAUAUGUUGCGCGAGAUCUGCCUAACUGGCAAAGAUUGGAAAAUUGACUUUUUGAGCCAUUGCAAUGUUAGCAAGCUUUAACUAUACCACAGCCGACUGAUUGCUUGUUAGCCACGCUCUUCAAGACUGAUAUAUGUAUA